AUGGGACACAGCUACGCCUCUUCCCACAGCACAACUACUCCUCUUCCCACAGCACAGCUACGCCUCUUCCCACAGCACAGCUACGCCUCUUCCCACAGCACAGCUACGCCUCUUCCCACAGCACAGCUACGCCUCUUCCCACAGCACAGCUACGCCUCUUCCCACAGCACAGCUACGCCUCUUCCCACAGCACAGCUACGCCUCUUCCCACAGCACAGCUACGCCUCUUCCCACAGCACAGCUACGCCUCUUCCCAUAGCACGCUACGCCUCUUCCCACAGCACAGCUACGCCUCUUCCCAUAGCACGCUACGCCUCUUCCCACAGCACAGCUACGCCUCUUCCCACAGCACAGCUACGCCUCUUCCCACAGCACAGCUACGCCUCUUCCCACAGCACAGCUACGCCUCUUCCCAUAGCACGCUACGCCUCUUCCCACAGCACAGCUACGCCUCUUCCCACAGCACAGCUACGCCUCUUCCCACAGCACAGCUACGCCUCUUCCCAUAGCACGCUACGCCUCUUCCCACAGCACAGCUACGCCUCUUCCCACAGCACAGCUACGCCUCUUCCCACAGCACAGCUACGCCUCUUCCCACAGCACAGCUACGCCUCUUCCCACAGCACAGCUACGCCUCUUCCCACAGCACAGCUACGCCUCUUCCCACAGCACAGCUACGCCUCUUCCCACAGCACAGCUACGCCGCUUCCCACAGCACAGCUACGCCUCUUCCCACAGCACACACAGCUACGCCUCUUCCCACAGCACGCUACGCCUCUUCCCACAGCACAGCUACGCCUCUUCCCACAGCACAGCUACGCCUCUUCCCAUAGCACACUACGCCUCUUCCCACAGCACAGCUACGCCUCUUCCCACAGCACAGCUACGCCUCUUCCCAUAGCACACUACGCCUCUUCCCACAGCACAGCUACGCCUCUUCCCAUAGCACGCUACGCCUCUUCCCACAGCACAGCUACGCCUCUUCCCACAGCACAGCUACGCCUCUUCCCACAGCACAGCUACGCCUCUUCCCAUAGCACGCUACGCCUCUUCCCACAGCACAGCUACGCCUCUUCCCACAGCACAGCUACGCCUCUUCCCACAGCACAGCUACGCCUCUUCCCACAGCACAGCUACGCCUCUUCCCACAGCACAGCUACGCCUCUUCCCACAGCACAGCUACGCCUCUUCCCACAGCACAGCUACGCCUCUUCCCACAGCACAGCUACGCCGCUUCCCACAGCACAGCUACGCCUCUUCCCACAGCACAGUUACGCCUCUUCCCACAGCACAGCUACGACUCUUCCCAUAGCACGCUACGCCUCUUCCCACAGCACAGCUACGCCUCUUCCCACAGCACGCUACGCCUCUUCCCACAGCACAGCUACGCCUCUUCCCACAGCACAGCUACGCCUCUUCCCAUAG